AUGGUGGUUAGGAAUAAUGUGGGAUUUUUGCUGGAUUCUUAUAACCGUAUAGGCUUUUGGAUUCCAACGGCUAUGGCUUCCAUGAGCAGCUUCGAAAGAUGGACCGUUAAUCGUCUGCAAAUUGUUUCGAAAUCCACUGCUAAACAAACGCAAGAACCUUCAAAACUAUUCCUCCUUCCUGUACCAACUUCAAGAAGAUGUGCAAUUUUGAUCUCUGCGUUGCCUCUUGGUCUCAUUUUGCUCCCUCCAUUGUCAGAGGCCAGAGAGAGACGCAACAAAAAGGCCAUCCCUCUUGAAGACUAUCUCACUACCUCUGAUGGAUUGAAAUAUUAUGAUGUUGUUAAAGGAAAAGGUCCGAUAGCCGAGAAAGGAUUAACAGUUCUGGUGCACUUUGACUGCUUAUAUAGGGUUAUAACGGCUGUGUCAAGUCGAGAAUCCACUUUGGCUGGAAAUCGCAUAAUUGCACAGCCAUAUGAAUUCAAAGUUGGAGCACCACCAGGCAAAGAACGGAAGCGAGAAUUUGUAGACAACCCAAAUGGUCUAUUCUCCGCACAGGCUGCCCCAAAACCCCCAACUGCUAUGUACUCAGUAACACAAGGGAUGAAAGUAGGAGGAAAGAGGACCGUAAUUGUUCCUCCGGAGGCUGGCUAUGGCCAAAAGGGAAUGAACGAAAUCCCACCAGGAGCUACAUUGGAGAUAAACAUUGAGCUUUUGCAAGUAAUGCCAGCCGAAGAAAAGUGAGCACAACUUUGACUAAGAGAAGAAUCUCAUGUUAUAUAAAAAAUUUCUUCUGCCGCGGCAAAGGCAACAUAGCAUAAUGAUUCUUUUGUUUGGAGAAGCAUUUCUUCUUCACCAGAGGACUAACAUGUCAACCAGUGAAAGUCAUCUCUGAUGGUUGCAGCAAUAGAUGACUGUAUUGCAGCUCGAGGUUUAUAAUUUAAAAUUUUGCAUUAU